GACCCUGAGAUCAUGACCUGAGCCGAAGGCAGCGGCUUAACCCACUGAGCCACCCAGGCGCCCUCCCUGGUGUCUUUUAAGAGGCUGAGGUCUGCUACAACCCCAUGCCUGCUGCUGAAUAAGACAGGCUGCCCUUAUGAGAAAAACUUCCUUUUCCAUUUUUUCCUGUCUUUGCCCCCAGGGGCUAUGAUGCAGCAGUGCUGUUACUUGUGUUAGACCUGGAGAGUUGGACAUUUGUGUGGCUCAACAGCUUUCUGGAGGAAGAUCAGACCCCUUCCGGUGGCCACUCUCUGCUUGCAGGUGUUGCCUGCAGGGUCAUUUACUUAGCCCUGUUCAGUUUUUGCUAAGAGGGUAAUGACCACAAUCCUGUGCUCAGGGAGUAGCAGCCCUCAGAGAGAGUGCAUGUGUGAGACUGAGAGAGAGAGAGAGAGAGAGUGUGUGUGUGUGUGUGUGUCUCAGACAGUGGGGGGGAGGUUCCUGGGGAUAUAGUGUGUAAGAAUGUGGGGAGGUCCCUGGGGUUGGUGGCAGGGACUGCACUUCAUUGAUACCCAGCACAGGCCCUAAUGUGCAGCAAGAUCAAUAAAUACUUGUGGAAUGCGUGACUGCUGGCUGCCUGUGUCUUCCCAGUGGGAAAGCUGGAGACCCUCGCUAGAGGCGGGAUUGCUGAGGAGCUCAGCCUGCCAGGCUAGCUCCACCCUCGUGUGUCCUCUCCACCCUCCUCCCCUUCUCCCAUGUGACCCUACACUCCUCUUGUCCUGAAUAUGCGAUUCAGGCCUUUUGGCCCUUUAUAGAACUUUGACCUUUUGGAGGCAGGGCUGUCCGCAAGGGGAGGCCUAGCCCCCAGCUCUGUCUCUGAGCAGCUUAACUGGUUUGGACAGCCUAAUCAGCCCUGGAAGAUCAACUAGACGUGCCUGGGGCUCUUUCCCUACCGCUUUGAGUCUCUGCGCACUGCCCUAAAGCCCCGCCUGCCCUUGGGGCGGCCUGCCUUUGGGGCUACCCGCCCCUUCUGAUCCCCUUUGUGGGAGAGAGACCUGUCCAAGCAGAGCUGGGACUACAUCUCCCAGCGUGCCUGGCAGCGUGGUGGCCUCUGUGUGCCGGCCGCACCAGUUGCAGGCAACAAUGCAUCGGGCAGUGAGCAUGGUGGCCCAUCUGGGCUUGCGGCUGCAGGCGCUUCCGUCGGCACUAGGCCGUCCGUUCAGUUGCGCACAGGACGUACUCCGCAGGACACCACUCUAUGACUUCCACCUGGCUCAUGGCGGGAAGAUGGUGGCGUUUGCAGGCUGGAGUCUGCCUGUGCAAUACCGGGACAGCCACGUUGACUCACACCUGCACACACGCCGGCACUGCUCGCUCUUUGAUGUGUCCCACAUGCUGCAGACCAAGAUACUUGGUUGUGACCGAGUGAAGCUGAUGGAGAGUCUAGUGGUUGGAGAUAUUGCAGAGUUAAGGCCAAACCAGGGGACGCUGUCGCUGUUCACCAAUGAGGCUGGAGGCAUUUUAGAUGACUUGAUUGUGACCAGCACCUCUGAGGGCUACCUGUAUGUGGUGUCCAACGCUGGCUGCUGGGACAAGGACUUGGCUCUCAUGCAGGACAAGGUCAGGGAGUUUCAGAACACGGGCAGGGACGUGAGCCUGGAGGUGGUGGAGAAUGCCUUGCUAGCCCUGCAAGGCCCCACAGCGGCACAGGUGUUGCAGGCCGGCGUAGCAGAAGACCUGAGGAAAUUGCCCUUCAUGACCAGUGCUGUGAUGGAGGUGUUUGGUGUGUCUGACUGCCGUGUAACCCGCUGCGGCUACACAGGAGAGGACGGCAUGGAGAUCUCGGUGCCGGCGGUGGCGGCAGUCCGCCUGGCAACAGCUCUGCUGGAAAACCCAGAGGUGAAGCUGGCGGGACUGGCGGCCCGGGACAGCCUGCGCCUGGAGGCAGGCCUCUGCCUGUAUGGGAAUGACAUCGAUGACCACACCACGCCUGUGGAAGGCAGCCUCAGCUGGACAUUGGGGAAGCGCCGCCGAGUCGCCAUGGACUUCCCUGGAGCCUCGGUCAUUGUUGCUCAGCUGAAGGGCAAGGUGCAGCGGAGACGUGUGGGGUUAAUGUGCGAGGGGGCGCCGAUGCGAGCACAUAGCCCCAUCCUGAAUACGGAGGGGACUGUGAUUGGUACUGUGACCAGUGGCUGCCCCUCUCCCUGCCUGAAGAAGAAUGUGGCCAUGGGUUAUGUGCCCAGUGAGUAUAGCCGGCCAGGGACCCCACUGCUGGUAGAGGUGCGGCGGAAGCAGCAAGUGGCCGUGGUCAGCAAGAUGCCCUUUGUGACCACAAAUUACUAUACCCUCAAGUGAAAGUGGCUUGGGGCAGGGCCUCUCCCAUCUAGGAGCCUGGACCUAGAGGACAUUCUGUAAGGGUUAGUCACAAAACUGAGGCUGAAGGGACGCCUGGGUGGCGCAGUUGGUUAAAUGACUGCCUCCGGCUCAGGGCGUGAUCCUGGAGUCCC